UAGUGUGUACAUUUAUCACACUGUACAGUGGUAACAGACAAUUGUACUUCUCAACUGUAGGGGGACCCCGAAAAGCAAUUGCUCUUUAGUGCUGCUUUAACUGCCUAUGUCAGCAUAUUACAAAUGGUGAGACGAGCCUCCCCUGUGAUGGUGGUGUGAGGGGGCAGCUGUCCUAAUGUAUCCUGAGGGGAAGCUCACAUUCAUCCAAUUUGAAAAGCUGUGGUCUAUAUCAAUUUCCUCAUGCUCUGUCUCUCUAGAAAGUUCUGGACAAAGCAGAAGACUAUACAGGACCUUCCUUGUGCUGUGAGCCAUUGCACGCCAUCAGACUGUGGUUGUGAUUCACAACUCACCCCUCCUGCCUCCAAUAGAGGCACUACCCACUCCAAUUCACUAUGGCGCAAAAUCAUGUACUCCUAAAUAUCCAAGAUUUCAAUUGUCCCAUAUGUCUGGAACUGCUUGAAGACCCAAUAACAAUCCCUUGUGGGCACAAUUACUGUCAGGGCUGCAUUUGGGAAUACCGGGUCAUAAAUAAUGACUUGGAGACAGUCAACUGUCCCCAGUGCAGAAAGUCCUUCACAUCCAUACCCUUUCUGGGAAAAAACAUACUACUGGCUGAGACAGUGGCCAGACUAAGAAGAACAUGCUGCUCUACUUCACCUGCUAAUGCUGCCUCUGCUUCCACUGCUACAAAUGUUCGACCACAACGUGCCUCUGCUUCCACUGCUACAAAUGUUCGACCACAACGUGCCUCUGCUUCCACGGCUACAAAUGUUCGACAACAACGUGCUUCUGACUCCACUACAACGAAUGUUCGACAACAACGUGCCUCUGCUUCCACUGCUACAAAUGUUCGACCACAACGUGCCUCUGCUUCCACGGCUACAAAUGUUCGACUACAACGUGCUUCUGACUCCACUACAACGAAUGUUCGACUACAACGUGCCUCUGCUUCCACUGCUACAAAUGUUCGACCACAACGUGCCUCUGCUUCCACGGCUACAAAUGUUCGACAACAACGUGCUUCUGACGCCACUACAAAGAAUGUUCAACAACAACGUGCCUCUGCUUCUAAUCAUACAAAUGUUCGACAACAACGUGCCUCUGCUUCCAUUGCUACAAAUGUUCAACAACAACGUGCCUCUGUUUCCACGGCUACAAAUGUUCGACAACAACGUGCCUCUGCUUCUACUGCUACAAAUGUUCAACAACAACGUGCCUCUGUUUCCACGGCUACAAAUGUUCAACAACAACGUGCCUCUGCUUCCACUGCUACAAAUGUUCAACAGCAAUGUGCCUCUGCCUCCACUGCUAUGAAUGUUCUAUGGCCACGUGUGCUGGCUAUGUUGUUGGCCUGCGUGGCCUUUAGUGUGGCACUUCAUGGUGGAAUGGUGGAGGACCAGUUGGUGGGCAUGUGGUGCCUUUUCAGCUGGGAAUUUAGCUUCAUUGGGACACUGUUGUUGCUACUGGCGGAGCCAUGCAUGCUGCAGUCAGGCACAUCUGUCUUUUGGAAGAACUUCACCAUCACCUUCGCCUGCUUUGCCUCCCUCCUCUGCCUCUCCGCAUCCAUCGACUUUGCCCUGCAUUUUGUUAAAGGCUUCUUCAUGCAUGGUGUGUCCUACAACUACCGUGUUGUCUCGCUGGUCUUCUCCUGCUUUGCCACCAUCGCCUAUGCAAUGGAGGUGAACAUCAUCAAGGCACGGUCAGACACCGACAGGAACAGGCCAACUGGUUAUAUGACCACAGUGCCUGGUCUGCUGAAAGUCUGUGAAACGUUUGUGGCCGGCAUCAUCUUUGUGUUCAUCAGCGACCCCAACGCCUAUGAGAGUCACGCGGCCAUCAAGUGGUGCAUGGCUGUCUAUUGCAUCUGCUUCAUCCUGUCCAGCAUGGUCAUCAUCCUGUCCAUUGGGAAUUGCUCUGACUACCUGACCUCCCCCCCCACCUGCUGCUUGUCCUUCUACGCCUUGUUGGCCGUCAUUAUGUAUCUGACAGCCACCAUCAUCUGGCCCAUCUAUAAGUUUGACAAGCUGCAUGGGGGAAGCCCCUCUAGGCCCAGUCAGUGCAGCAGCAGCAACCCAGACCUUUGCCCAUUUGACAAGCUGAUAGUUGUGGCUGUGCUAACCGCCGUGAACUUUAUACUAUACCUGGCUGAUUUGAUAUUCUCUGUCAUACAGUUUAAGGAGGAUGACCAAUACAUAUAUCUACAAUUAUGACACUUACCAGUGUAGCCUAUAUCGGUAUCGGCCAUUGUUUUCCCCUGAUAUUUGUUUAAAUGUACACUCUUGUGUUUAUGGCAGUUUGAUUUCACUUAAACUAAAUUAUAUCAUUCUGUCUUUAUAUAGAUUACUUAGUGAUGGAUAUACCUCAUAACUAAGUAUCAUUAGUUCAUGGAGACUCCAUGUUAGCAACAUAACCCCAUAAACUUCCUGAAGACCCACCUCUUCUGAGAGCACUUCCUCUCCACACUGCUAAACAACUGGACCCAUAGAAGUAUAAUUAUACAUAUAUAACUGGAGAGUGAGGAAGUACUGUCCCUAUUCAUUUCAUUGGCCCAUUCGCAUAAUCGGCGUAUCUUCAUACAGUAUACUUCAUACAGCAUAUAUAGACAUUUCUCUGCACCUUUUUUCAGGGAAAGCAGCUUCCAUUUAAUCCAAGUGGUCGGCUUUCCCAGAAAAGGGGGCAGCAGGGACGCGUAGCAAAUUCAAAGUUCCCAGAUGUGCCGGUUCAGUUCAGACAGAUUUAAUCAUCACAUACAUAAUUAUAGUAGUAUAUAACAAGCAGUGAAAUGUAAGUCUGGUUAGCUUCAUGACUGUGUAAAGUAGAAAUAAUCUAAGUAAACAAAUAAGAUUAAAAGCAGAAGUUAAUAAUAAAUAAUUCAAAAUAAUAUAAUAAUAAAGUGACAUGAAUAAUAAUAAUAAUAAUAAUAAAUAAUAAUAAUAAUGUUAUUAAAAUGGAAUGGAGUCCAUGGUAUUCAUAAGAGUUGGCAUGUCCAUGUUGAGGAGUCUAAUGGUAGAGAAGUCCUAGAGAUGCACUCGGCUGAGCGCACCACUCUCUGCAAGGCGUUGCAGUCUUUCUCAGUGCUGUUGGCAUGGCACGGUGCUGCGUAUGCUAGGCAUACGCUAGGCAAUUGCCAAAAUUUGGAAAGUUUGAAAUUGUCGCAGCAUUUUUUUUCAAAAUGGUCUUCCAUGGGCCUGGUGUCCCGCUGGGUUGGUCCCGCACCUAAUUAAUUAGGUUCCACGUUAUGAAGAUGAAGAUAAUGGAAGUACAACGGUAUGUCGUUGCAGAUUGGAUAUUCUCACAGAGGGAAGAAAAGGACUGUGAAGUUUUGGAAUGUUCAUCAUCUUUGGCCAUAUAGGUGCAAGUUUAUUUAAUUGGUUUGCUAAUGGAAUAACAUUUUGGGGAUGGUGGUGCAGAAGUUCGCCCCAUAUGUCUUGAAGUCUAAUGAUGUGAUGUUCAACAACAACAGAAGUAAAAUCACCUCCAAGAGACUACCUACCUAGGAGGCAUCAUCCAGCACAGGUGGAGCCUGUGGGGCUUAGGCUAAUUCGCAAAUUCAAACCACUGCCAUGUGACUUUUUGUUUUUCCUAUUUGAAUUUUACCUUGCUGAACCAGAGGCAGGAUUAAAUCAUUUUUAACACUUAAUGUCAAACUCAAGGAAUGUCAAAAUGUUUACUGGUUGUAAUGCCAUAGAAUGGGAACAGAAAAAGAAAUAUAUGAGAGCAAAUGUUGAUGCUGAGAAUAGGCCUAGAUAAGGAUCUUUGUUUGAAUCGUUGUUAAUAGAACACCUUAUGCUGACAGUUUCUGUAACAGUGUAAUUUACAUUAAUUGUGUGGCCUGUGUCCACUCUUCAUCAAAGCCUGAUCUCUGUACAGCAUUCUUUCCACAACAUCCAUCUCUCUCUCAAUUAAAAAAACAAAUAUAAGCUGUUAAAUUGGUGAAAUCAUAA